CUUUAUUGCUGUAUCCAGCAGAUAUCCAUUGGGCUGGUAACCAGAUUAAAAGACUUAACAAUGCCUGGAAGGUUGUGGUGCAAGGCAAUCUUUGCUGGAUAUAAGCGUGGCUUGAGGAACCAACGUGAGCAUACAGCACUGCUAAAGGUAGAGGGAGUCUACAGCCGUAAUGAAGUGGACUUCUACCUGGGGAAACGCUGUGCCUAUGUCUACAAGGCAAAGAAAACUACAGUGACCCCAGGUGGGAAACCCAAUAAGACCCGUGUUAUCUGGGGUAAAGUCACACGUGCUCACGGUAACAGUGGUAUGGUGCGUGCCAAGUUCACAAGCAACCUGCCACCCAAAGCCAUCGGGCACAGAAUACGCGUGAUGCUGUACCCCUCCCGUGUCUAAUGAAUAUUUUUGGAAGUACAUUAAUUAUAAUUAUACUUAAUGCUAAUUAAAUAUAAUUAUAAUUAGU